AUGUCGCUCAUCGCUACUUACGGCCGUCUCGUGCUCGCACUCAACUUGGGGCUGCGCCAAGAAUACAUCUGGCCGUUCAUCAUCGUCGACAUUUCUGGCGCCAUCAUCGGCGCCGACCUGCUGGCUCACGCAGGCCUCAUGCCGGACCUGCAGAACAUGCGCCUCGUCGACUCAGCUACAACUCUCAGCGCCCAAGGCCACCCCCGGACAGCAGCGGGAGACUCCGUGGCCAUUCUCCACGACCCUAGCGGUAACCUGAACAUCCGCCGGCAGUACGACGAGCUUCUGGUCGAGUUCGCUCGCCUGAUAGAGCCCAACUCCCGACACGCUAACAUCAAUGGCACAGCCAUCCGCCACCACAUCAUCACCAAAGGGCCACCGGUAUUCGACCGCCCACGGCCACUACACGGCGAUCGGCUCAAGGGAGCCAAGAGCGCUUUCAGAGAGCUGGCAAACCGCGGCAUCGUCAGGCCAUCGUCGACCCAGUGGGCCAGUCCUCUUCACCUGGUGGAGAAGAGCCCUGGCAUGUACCGCGUCACCGGCGAUUAUCGAGCCCUCAACGCUAUCACCGAGCUUCAGACCGGUACCCUCUGCCCAUCAUCGAAGACCUGCUCCACGUCUGCCACAGCGGCAUCGUGUUCUCGGUGA